UAUGAGCACUGACAGGUGAAGUCACUACACUGAUUAUCUCCUCAUCAUGGCACCUGUUAGUGGGUGGGAUAUAUUAGGCAUAAUAUUGAAUAUUUUUUCCUCAAAGUUAAUGUGUUAGAAACAGGAAAAAUGGACAAGAAUAAGGAUUUGAGCGAGUUUGACAAGGGACAAAUUGUGAUGUCUAGAUGACUGGAUCAGAUCAUCUUCAAAACUGCAGCUCUUGUGGGGUGUUCCCGGUCUGCAGUGGUCAGUAUCUAUCAAAAGUGGUCCAUGGAAGGAACAGUGGUGAACCGGUGACAGGGUCAUGGGCGGCCAAGGCUCACUGAUGCACGUGGGGAGCGAAGGCUGUCCCGUGUGAUCCAAUCCAACAGACGAGCUACUGUUGAUCAAAUUACUAAGGAAGUUAAUGCUGGUUUUGAUAGAAAGGUGUCAGAAUAGACAGUGCAUGAUGGGUCAGGGCUGUUUUGGCAGCAAGAGGGGGCCCAAUAUAACAUUAGGCAGGUAUUCAUAAUGUUAUGUCUGAUCGGUGUAUAUAUUUCAGAUUUGGACAAAACCAGGUACAUCUAAUCCAAUGUAAAGCAGUUGUACUCAAGAGAGGAAAUUGUAGGACACCAAUGAAAUAAGUGGCUCAGCAGUAGAAGUGCUUUUUUACUACAAAAACAAGAUACUGUAAACUUUCUAGUCUAUUAGAAGUACAGGCAGGGGAGUGAUGGAGUGAUAAAACUAGAGCACAUUGUGAUAAAAGUUACCAGUGUUCAUUUGUAACUGAUCUCCCAGAACAGUAAAGUUCUGCAGUAAGUUACUUUGUCUGCAAUUACAUUAUAAAACCAUGACCUUGGCUGUUUUUGAAAAAUACAGUUUUAAAUAGCUCAUACAUUCUACAUGUCUUUCACAAGCUUCUAAUGGUGUAUCCAUUACCCAUUGCCUGCUUCAGUGAUAUGAAGGUACUCUUCACAUCAGUUGAACUAAUUGAUGGAGUGUUGCCAACGAAUGUCAUCUAGGUUACAGACGUCAUUUAUGGAUUGUUAGAGCACUCGAAUUACUCUCAUGAUGAUUCUGUGGAUUAAAUGGGGGGGGGUUGGUAAACUAUAAAGAUGUUUUAAGAGUUUAUUAAUUCACUGAAAGGAAACAUGGAAAUCUGUAGACAUCAGGUUUCACAUACAAAUGGAAAAUAAUACAUUAACUUCAGCUUUACAUAUUUCUGUGUCUACAGGUCUUUAAGGAUAUUUCAUCUUUAAAAUAUUUGACUCAGUGUGGAUGACAGGAGGCGCUGAAAUCUGAUCAUUUUUUUUCUAUAGCACUAAAUGUCCUUCCUGUCCUCAUAGUAACCAUAGCAACUGGAGUGUCAAUUGGGUUAUUUUUAUUGUAGAUUGCCAAGAGGACUGAUCAGUGGACCAUGACAAAGAAUUAGCACCGACUCUUCAAACAUGAACUGAUAUUGCCUGGUAGCAUCUGCCAUGUCUGUAUGUAAUGCCAGCUCUGUGGAACAAUGUGGCCUGCUUGGACCAGCAGAGCCUGAUCUGCAGGAUGUUCAGACCAGUUUAAUUCCUGUUGUGAUUAGGGUGGCUUUGGCAGCCAUCAUGAUCUUCAUGAUCACUAUUGGUUUCUUAGGUAAUUCAAUAGUGUGUUUGAUCGUCUAUCAAAAGCCAGCAAUGAGAUCAGCUAUCAACCUGCUUCUAGCUACGCUAGCCUUCUCAGACAUUAUGCUCUCUCUGCUGUGUAUGCCUUUCACUGCUGUGACUGUGGCCUCCACGGACUGGAGUUUCGGAGUAGGGUUCUGCCGAGCCUCUGUCAUGCUUUACUGGUUCUUUGUUCUGGAGGGCGUCUCCAUCUUGCUCAUCAUCAGCGUGGAUCGUUUUCUCAUCAUCGUGCAGAGGCAGGACAAGUUAACACCACAUCGUGCCAAAGUUCUGAUCGCGUCCUCAUGGGCUCUGUCCUUCUGUGUGGCACUUCCAUCACUUAUAAGCUGGAGGACAGGUAUCAUCAUGGAACGGAUGCCGCAGUGUAUCCUGGGAUAUAGUGACUCGCUGGCAGAACGGGGUUACAUGGUGCUGUUAGCAGUGGCAGUUUUCUUUGUUCCAUUUAGUGUCAUGCUGUAUUCCUACAUGUGCAUUCUGAACACAGUGCGGAGAAACGCGCUGCGUAUCCACACCCACGUUGCUGAAGACUGUGCAGGGCUUAAGCUGGGUCUUACAGGUCUGCAGCGCCCCCCACAGGUCAAUGUGGACAUGAGCUUUAAAACCAGGGCCUUCACCACCAUCCUUAUCCUCUUUAUUGGCUUCUCUGUGUGUUGGCUGCCUCAUACUGUGGUGAGCCUAAUGGCUGUAUUCAGUCGCAGCUUCUACUUCAGUCCAGCAUUUUAUCCAGUUAGCAUAGGGGCUCUGUGGCUCAGUUACCUAAAGGCUGUAUUUAACCCUGUCAUCUACUGCUGGAGGAUCCGCAAAUUUCGUGAAGCCUGUUUAGAUUUCAUGCCCAAAACUUGCAGGCUGUGCCCCAAGGUCCCUGGUCGAAGUCACAGGCGCAUACGACCCAGCAAUAUUUAUAUCUGUAGCAGUGAGACCCAGUCUGCCGUUUAGCAUUUGAAUUUCCUAAGCUGAAAUGGGGUUACACUUUAAUUUGUUCACAGUCCAGCUGAAACAUACAACACCUUGCAAGUGAUUCAAUGAGAAAUGUCACUGACACUUUCAUUUCAACAACACAGAUAGCAGUUACUGUAUCCUUUACAGUUAAUGGUGAGAAUUAUUUAAUCUGUUCAUUUCAGAUGGAAGAAAGCGUACUUGUUAGCAAAUAAAUCCCUGUGUUUUAAUAUGAUCUAACCCUAAAAGCAACAUUGACCUUUUUUUUUUACUUAUUUGUCACACUUCACUGUAAUACAAGCAAAUGGAAGCUACUUUUUUUUUAUUCUGUUAAAUUCUUCAUGCUUAGAAAGAAUCACAAACAUUUUAAACUGUGGACACUAAAUAAAGCAGAUGUUGUAAAUUUUGUCUUCUGAAUGGAAAUACUGCAAUAAAAUAAUGCAAUAAUGCAACAAUGCCUCAUGAUUAAGCCAGUAUUGCAAAGGUUAAACAUAAAGUCAUGGUUCAAGGGAAGUGCAAGGGAAUUACAUAACAUUUUGGUUUCUAUAAAAGGCAUGCUGAAAUAGAAAUAGGCACUGAGUAAAUAAAAAUACUUAUUUAUUCACCAAUGUAAGUUAACCAUGGA